AUGAUCCAGAUCCACUCCACAAAACACGAGCCCGACCCAACCCUCGCCCACUCCUUCCUCAUAAGCUUUCUCCUGCUGCACACCAUACCAUGGCUACGACGUACCUUCCGCUUCAGCAAAUUAACAUCAUACCUCCUAAACUCAUUAAAAUCACUCCUCAGCCCCGUCCCACCCAGCCCCAUUCUCCCUAGCCCCUCCCCACCAGACACCGCCCUCCACAACGGCAUCCCCUACAUCUCCCUCACAAGCGCCUACCACCACACGCUCCGCCAAUCCUGGACCAACGACCCCACAAAACUCUACCUCGAAAGCUGCUUCGACCCGGACUCCCCUGUCAAUCUCGCCACUGACUACGGUAUCGAGGGGUUGUGUCCCGUAGUCAAGGCUACAGAAGGUGAUAAAUUUAUACUAAGGGAUGGAGGGGGGAGGUAUUAUCUUUGGGAUGGGUGGAGUGGGGAGUUGAGACGGUUUAGGGAGAGGUGGACGGAGGGGUGCAGGGAUAAGGAGGAGGUGGUGCAGGGACUUGUGUGCGAGAUGACGUGGGCCGAGGCGGAUACGGAUGUUGUUCGUAGGGGGAGGCGAGGGGGUUAG